AGAAAUAGCCGACGUUGGCCUCUGACAGUUAUCUUUGACAUUCUAAAUAUUGCUGGUAUCAACGCACUUUGUCUAUUUGCUAUGAACAAUAAUUUUGAAAAACCAAACAGAGAACAUUUCCUGCAAGAGUUAGCUGCAGAGUUAGUACGGCCACAAAUAAUGAAAAGAAUUGAACAUUGAGGAAACUAGUCUAGCAACAGACAAGGCUACUUACUACAAAGAAAC